AUGGGAUUGGUAGUGGGCAACGGAGUUUCCUUUUCUUUCUCGUUUUAUUGGCGUGCGUUGUAUAUUCUAUGGCUAGCGAUGGGCGAUAGCGAUGGGUUUAAUGACUGCAAAAGGUUGGGCGAUUGGGAUAUGCGGGAUACACAUGUUUACGAUAGUCCGCUGCAAUUUCAAAUGGAAUCGGUUCACAUCAGCAGGUUCAUGAAGCCCCAACUGUCGUGUAACAAUACCAUCUACUGGAAUCUAGACACCAGUAGCACUACAUGUCCCACCGCUCUUCCAAUACCCCCCCCACUCGCCUCCAUCUUUACUAUCGCCUGUUUAUCUCUACGCACUACACCAGUUCUCUUCAACCCUCAAGUUUCAACUCCUGCCACCGCAAAAUUGAUCCACCAUCCCCAAAAGGAGUUCGGUCCCAUUAAUAUGCUGUCUCUCCUUAUCCUCCACUUUUUAAGAUUCUCUCCUAUACCCAACCAACCAGCCAACCAAAUAACCAGCAAACUCGGGAUUCCUAACUAA